CGCAUGCACUGCAGUCGUCUUGGAAACGGAAAUAAACAAUUUCGGUCGUGUCCGUUGGUAAACUUUGAGUGACCAUUAAUUUUAAUUUUGUAAUUCAAUGCUAGAAAUAUUUACUUGAGAAACGUGUCCGUUUCGUUCCGUUUUCCGUAUCGGUUAGUGUGUAGUGUAGAAAAAUGUCCUCCGGUUUCAGUUCCGUGUUCAAAAUCAAUGGCGUUCCGAUUCUUCCACCGGUGAUGACCGACGAAGUUCGAGCGGAAGUGGCUCGAUAUCGCAGAAUGGCAGUCGAGUUGGAGCAAAAGCUUCAGAAUUUGAGAAUCGAACCAGCUACGGAAAGUCCUAUGGAUGAUGUCAGUCGUGAUCAGCAAGAAGAAGACGCAUCAGAUUCAACUUCCAAUCUGGAAGGUGCCCAAUUGGUUCGAAGAGGCUCGUUCACUUUGGAAGCACCAAGUCCCGGGCUGGGAAAACUUCCGCAAUCUACCACCACCCCUGUAAAUGAGAAGCUAACGGACAGGUCGGACGAUGAAUCCCCAAGGCCCCGCUUGAUUCGCUCCAAUUCCUAUACCCUAGACGGCCCGAGUCCGCUGCUGAUGAAACACAUGGCUAAUCAGAGUUUGAACAUUAGGAGUUCGACGUCGAUGGGGGAAAUUGAGACCGGCUGUGGGAAGGCUCACGUCAAGAAGUUGGAUUUUGGAGGUGGUGAAGCAGGGAACAAAAAAAGUUCCAAAGCCGGUGCUAAACCGAAAUGGGUGUCCACUAAGAAGGUAUCUCCGAAGCCGCUAAGUCCAGUCAAGAAAUAUAAAAGUCCUUACGAUUCGUCGGCUAAACCGCAAGCUGCUGUAAGCAAGAAGAAAAUCAAACAGCUCGAAAACUCUCGAGAUAGUCCGCUGGGAAAGCAGAAUAAGCCAGCGGAAUCAACGCCACUGAGCGAUUGCCAGCAGCGAAUAAAAGACAUGCAAGCCGAGCACGAGCGACGAGUCAAAGAGCUGCUCAAACGACAGGAAGAAGAACAGCUAAAAUUGCAAGAGAGCUUCCGCCAACAGCAGGAAGAGCUAAUGAAGAUGCUGCCCAUGCCUCUGUUGGAUCAGAUUCACACUUCCACUCCUCUGUUGACAAGCCCGGAUGAAUCGACGGUUGACGAGCAGCUGGCUAAGCCGUCCUUCCGGACGCUGAACAUAAGCUCGAAAGAUUUCGUCAACAACAACGACUCCCAGUCCAGUAUUGGUCACGUGUCUUCGAGACAUACGAUUGUUUCGUCCGAUACGAGCAGAACGAGCCUGGAGUUGGAAAACUCCGACGAGUUGUACCGAACUUGUGAGUAUAACAAUGCUGCCGUCAGUCAUCGUGAUUCCAACGGGAACGGACAAUUUGAUGACGUGCGUAGCUAUCUGGAGUCGAUCGGUCAAUCCCUUCAGGAUGACGACCUGAAACAGUUGUCCAAGCUGGACACGAUCGAGCCUUUUAACAAGCGUCACCAAGCUGCUUCUCUGAUCAAUGCCUACGCUCGGGGUUAUCUCACCCGAAGGCUCUUCCAAACGGACCACGUGCAGAAAAUGGUGCAGGUAAUCCGAGACACGUUGCUCUUCAUAUUGGAUCUGCAUCAUGAGAGGCACACCUCACGUCAGCAAGUCCGCAGUCCGGCUGAUAUCCAACUCAAACGUACCCUUCUGCAGCAACUCACAUCGGCGUGCUACCAACUGCACGAGGUGUUUUUCGAAACAAGUGUGCAACAGCGCAUGGCCAUCAUUCGACGGGAUCGAGAUGCACUGCGGCGUAGACUGGAGAACCGGCCCCGGACGGCCAGCUCGGUGGGAUCAAGCGUAUUGAGUCGCUCGGCAUCGGUCAGCAGCAGCAGCAGGGGCGCUGCGUCCAAGAAGCAAACCAACGUCUAUCGGAAGCUGCAGAUGUGCUCGUUAUAUUCAGUAAAUAUUGAAGGUGAACCCGCCUCCACAGAAGACACUAACGGUUACGACGACACCAAUGGAUCUAUGAAUGGAUCGGCUCAUGAAGAUCUCAUUCCACCCAAACCAAAGGAGCACAUCUUGGCAGUCUCAAAGAGCGUCCCAGCCUCCAGCCGAAGCUCUCUUAGUGCAUCAUCAACUGGCCGUAACUCACCGGCGCCCAGUCUGUCAGCUACGGUUGUCUCCCGAUUAGUGCACCAGAUGAAGCAAGCCAUUGCACCUCAGCAACAAUACUGCCAAGAGACCACCAACAAGUUGAGGCUCCGUCCCAAGACAUCAGAAGCGGCCUUAAUUGGGACCAAUGCCUAUCAAAAACGUACCCUGUGGGAUCAAAAAUAUUACUAAGCUUUGCAUUUAUUAGAAAAUAAGACAUCGUUUAUGCUACUAGAUAUGCGAAUUUAUUUUCUAUGAAAAUUUAAAUACACUUGUGCCUCGAAAAUUCA